AUGGUGGACAGGCCUGCCUCCACAGUCCACAACGGGAUUGGGGCCGUCCCUACCAGCAUGAAGCAAAUAGGAAUCGCCAACAACAUGAUCAUCGAGGCCCCCGGCGUCGACUUGUCUCCGUACAACAAGAUCCUUGUUGGCGCUGUUUUAGAUCUCUUCGAAGGAAAACCUACCCUCAAGCACCUCUCCCUCUGGAACCCUGAUGCCACCUUCAUCGACCCUCUCACCACGGCACAGGGGUACAAUCGAUAUGCCGCACAGUGGUACGCUCUUGCACAAUUGUUCAGUCCUGUUGAAAUCCAGUCCCACGAGGUCGUCUCAUCCGGAAACCCGAUCGAGGUCAAACUCCACAACAAGUACACUUUGCCGUCAAUCAACAAGCAACAGGAUAUUCACAGUUUAGUCAAGAUAUGGGUUGAUAGCAAUGGCAAGAUUGACAGAGUGGAGGAUAGGUGGGAUGGGCAGUUGCCAGAGGGAGCGCUCAGCGAGGUAGUGUUUUGGUUUGCCAACACGGUGAUGCGAAUGAUGAGGAAACUUCUGGAUGCUGCAUUCCGGGUGUAUUGCAGUGCAGCUUGGUGGCUGCCUCCCAUUGUGGCUUUCCGAAAGGUACUCGCAAUGACAAUGCCCGUCAUUGUCAAGGUCCCCAAGAAUGAGGAAGAAGACGUAAAGAUGAGGGCCAUCCUGGAAGGGUUCGAAAACAAGAAGUAA